UGUUCAUUACAAACUACAAGCUACAUAAAUUUCAUACAUAAUACAUUUCAAUACAUUCCAUUCAACUCAAAUGCAUUGUAUCACAAUUCCAAUUCCAUUCAAAAUCUGAGAUUACACUAUUUCACUUCGAUCAUAAUCAUAUCAUUAACACCCAAGUUUUCCAUUUAAUUCCCGUUCUCCAUAUAUUUCAAAGCAAUUCUCAAAGUUACAAGACUUAUAAACAUUAAAACACGAGCCCAAACCAUUUCAAUUACAUUUACAUUCUUUCCAACUACCACCAAGUUUCCAAUACGAGACUACAAUGUGACCGAAGCGUAUUCCAAGCAUCCCAAAUCAGCCUUACAUCAGCCAUCCAACUCAAGUGACAACCUUGUUGGUGAGAAAAUCCCAACUUUUCUUUUUGUCUUCACUCACUUCACUAUAAUCUCAUCACAAAAACAUGGCAACGAAGCAAUCACCACCCCCUCCUCCCAUUGCCACCGCCAUGGCAACCGAUGUAAACCAAGGUGCUGAAUCUAUCCAACCAACAAACAUGGAUCAGCAAACUGUUGUAUAUGAGUCUGUUAAACCCAGUUCAACUACAUCAAUCUUUGUGAACUCAGAACCAUUGUGGGAAGAACAAGUUCAGAAUGCUGUCAAAUUUCUGUCACACCCAAAAGUUAAAGGUUCGCCCAUCAUGUACCGGUCCUUUUUGGAGAAGAAGGGCCUUACAAAAGAGGAGAUUGAUGAAGCCUUUCGGCGUGUGCCUGAUGUGGCUCCGACUGUGCAGAUAGAUGGUGGAAAUCAAGAUGGGCGAUUGAAAUCAUCAUCAAAACAAGCCCAACAGCAAACUUUGCAGCCUGUUUUACCUGCUUCUGCUGGUGUUAAUACUUCAUCAGGAACCUUAGCACGAACCAAAUAUCAUUGAUCCCAUGCCCUUAUUUUAGUUGGAGUUCUGACUGCUUCAGGUGCUGGAACAGUUUUGAUAAUUAAAAAUUCCCUUCUUCCUCGGUUAAACUCUUGGAUACGCAAGGUUGUCUUAGACAAAGAUGAUGAACUAUCAAGGGAAACCAACAACAAACCAACUUUGGCUGAAGAAGUUGCUCAAGCUGCAAAAUCAGCAGCAGCAGCAGCUACAAAUGUGGCAAAAGCAAGCCAAGAUAUGCUGGCUUCAAAGGGUGAGGAAAGGAAAUACUUUGUGGAAGUUGUGAGUCUUUUAGAUAAGCAAGUACAAGAAAUAAAGUUAAUGACAAAUGCAAUAAGAAUAUUGGAAGGGAAAGAAGAUCCCCGAGCCAGUCAAACAAGUUCAAAGCGACUGGUUGCGAAUGGCAAGGCGGACUAUGACUUGCAUUCAGGGAGAUCAUUAUCCCCACCUGCAUAUGUUGAGCCAUCAGGUU